UGCUGGUGAUCCUGCUUCCUUGCAUUUCUGAUUCUCCCAAUCAUCUCGACUUCAAGCGACCCACUUGCCACCUUCCCCGGCCUCAGCUUGCAAGGCAGCCUGAGGAGCAGUAGCCUUCGAUUAACGGCUCACACUUCAAAAUCGCCGAGCUCGCUCGCUCGAUGCUGUCAGUCUUCACCUCUGUCACACUCCUCGUCCGACAAUCCGUAUGACGACCUUACCAUAUGCGCGUGACGAAGCUUCGACCUCUCACCACCAUGCCAACAAUCAUUUAUCCUACUCUCAGGCUGCUCUGGAUGAGCAUGCUGUAGCUGAAUGGGCGAAUAACGGCCAGCUAGUGGAUGAGCUGAGGGAUAACGAAGAAGAGCUGCAGGUGCAGGAUGGAGCGGCACUUCAGUACUGGGCUGCAAAGCGGCACAAGGGGGAAAAGAAGAAAGAUAAGGCGGAUGAGGAGUAUGUUGGGUGGAGACUCAAAUCUCGGAUGAAGACCUUCAAUGCGGGCAUGUUCAUCUGCUUAAAUAUCGGUGUGGAUCCGCCAGACGUAGUCAAAACCAAUCCUUGCGCAAAGCUGGAAUGCUGGCUGGACCCGACUGCGCUGCCUUCGACGAAAGCCAUCGAGGCAAUUGGGCGGAACCUACAACAACAAUUCGAGACUUUAAAUCCCAAAGUCAAAUACAAGAGCCACCUUGACCCCUCCAUUGAGGAGACCAAGAAACAAUGCGUAAACAUGCGCAAAGUUGCUAGAGAUGAAAGGGUUGUGUUCUACUAUAAUGGUCACGGAGUGCCAAAGCCCACCCACUCGGGAGAGAUAUGGGUCUUCAACAAGAACUAUACGCAAUACAUUCCUGUCAGUCUAUACGACCUACAAGAAUGGCUAGGAAGCCCAUGCAUUUACGUCUGGGAAUGCUCUGGUGCCGGCAAUAUUCUCAACAACUUUGGCAAACAAGCUGAGAAAAAGGACAACGAGGCUAGGAGCGCGGCGGUCAAUCAGACACAGAACAGCACACCAUCACGACCCGCAUCUGAUCUACCGGGAACUUCAUUCGCCGAUGCCAUUCAUUUGGCGGCCUGUACUGCGUCCCAAGUUUUGCCGAUGUCACCGGAUCUUCCUGCCGAUCUUUUCACUUGCUGUCUGACCUCACCUAUCGAAACGUCCUUGAGGCAUUUUGUCCUCCAAGACCCUCUCAAGCGAAACAUCUCGACCAGCAAGGAGGACCCGAGAUCACGUAUCACCGUUGACAUGGUCAUGCGUAUACCUGGGGACCUCAAAGAUCGACGCACACCGCUAGGCGAGCUGAAUUGGAUUUUCACCGCCGUCACGGAUACGAUCGCGUGGUCGUCGUUCCCCAGAGAGGUUUUCAACCGUCUCUUCCGUCAAGACUUAUUGGUCGCCGCUCUGUUCCGAAAUUUCCUACUGGCCCAGCGAAUUAUGACAAGCUAUCAUUGCACUCCCAUGUCUAUUCCUGAGCUACCAUCGACACACAAUCAUCCCCUCUGGCACUCGUGGGACCUAGCUGUGGAUGAGUGCCUCGCACAGCUUCCUGAUCUCUUGGAUCUGGAAGUAGCAAGAGAAAAGGGCCAGAUCACCAUUUCACCUUUGAGCACUUACCGUCCAUCCACCUUUUUCGCUCAACAUCUCCAAGCCUUUGAAGUAUGGCUUCAGCACGGUAGCUCUCUCCCUAAUCACCUGUCCCAUGCCAACAACAAGAAGGGGUUGACCCAUCGACCACCGCCCGAGCAGCUGCCCAUCGUCCUGCAAGUCUUGUUAUCUCAAGCUCAUCGUCUCCGCGCUCUGAUCCUACUCUCUCGAUUCGUUGAUCUUGGUCCUUGGGCUGUUCAUCUAUCCUUAUCUAUCGGCAUAUUUCCUUAUGUCCAGAAGCUCUUGCAAUCUCCAGCUGUGGAACUCAAACCAGUCUUAAUCUUUAUCUGGGCUCGAAUCCUUGCCGUCGACAAGUCUUGUCAGGUCGACUUGUUACGUGACGCCGGGUACAACUACUUUGCCCAAAUCCUCUCACCCUACCCAUCUACAGGCGUUCCGCUGGUCAUUCCCAACGCCAACGAACACCGAGCCAUGUGUGCCUUUAUUCUGUCCAUCUUGUGUCGCAAUUUCCGUCCUGGUCAAGCUGCGUGUCUCUCGAUCAACGUAUUCGACGCGUGUCUGGCUAGACUCCAUGAAGAUGACUGGUUACUUAAGACUUGGAGUCUGCUGUGUGUCGCUCAGAUAUGGGCUGACAAUGAUGAUGCCAAAGCAUUGUUCAUGCAGCAAUCGCCGAAGCAGACCCAUCAGCAAGACCUUUUGAGUCAGCUCAAAUCUUCAGCCGUGGAAGUCCGAGCGGCCGCUCUGUAUGCCUUUGGUACUCUGCUUGGAGCGAGCUCUGCGCCUAUAGACUCGCCAGAUAUCAAGGGCGGAGGCGGUACGGGUGCUCAGGUGGGUGUUGAGGAGACAGCUCAAUUGGAGAUCGAGGCGGGGCUGGCAUUUGCCUGUAUGAUGUCCGUCAAGGAGGACGCUUCACCGCUCGUGCGUAAGGAACUCGUUGUGGUGAUUUCUUGUGUCGUCAGAGAGUGGCGAGGAUGGCUGGUAUGUGCUGCAUGGGCAUACUUCGAGCAGGAAGCUCUCGCAGUAGCUCUGGAUCAAGGUGUUGAAGACUCUCCCGAUCUCGUCGGCAAAGCUUUGGAGGAAUGGGUCCGAUCCGGCGACAAAAAAGUGAUGGAGCAUCAACACAAUCUCACCCUACUGAGCAGCUUCAAAGUUCUAUUUGAGACAUUGUUGGAUUUGUCCGUCGAUCCGAAUACCGAGGUCGCCCUUAUGGCUUCUACGGUCGUGGACUAUGUCGUUGCUCUCCUGCUCGAUUCGGCUUUCUCAAGAGUUCGAGGCUCAGCAGUACAGAAAAUCGUUUCAAGACAUAGGAAACAAAGACCGGCUUUGGGACCUCGAGCCAUGUCGGCUGCACCUGGAAUGUCUGGUCGACUGACUCCUCAGCCGAACGGGACGCGGCCGAAUUUGAUCCGUGCAGAUACGGAUACGUCGAACCCUGGUUCCGCAUCUUCAACGUUGAAACGAAAUAGCUCAGUCGCCAAUGCACUUCGGUCUCUGGCUUCCAUGACGGGUCUCGUAUCUUCUGAAUCCCCAAAGUCCGAUACAUGGACACCCGAAUCGUCACCCGAAGUGUCCGUCGCUCCUCCUACACCAUCAUCUACAUCCUACAAAUCGCCUUACCCCGAUGCUUCGCACGAGCGUAUCACUCCAGAUUCCAACUUGCACUUGACUCGCGCUGGCUCUGUAUCAGCUAUUUCCAGGGCUAGAACAGCCAUGACGUUGUCCAUGUCUGGUAUAGAUGGUCAUAAUGACCCCGUAAGCCCAGCGUCCGUACUCAACGCCCUCACGGAGGAAGACAUGGAACGACUUCGGCGUCGUAGAGCACACGGAAGUCAAGCCGGUGGAGACGCAGAUGGCAAGUUGAAUAACAACGGUCUGGCGAGACAUGAUGAUUUGGGCUUGGGUACUGUAGCGAAGGAAGUCAAGGAUGAUGUCCUGCCUUUGAGAUCGGGCUUUUUCGACUGGGCCAUGGAGUAUUUCAAGGAGCCCCAGAUGAAGGUUCCCGAUGCGGACGAACCUGGAAGUACGACUUACAACCAACAGGCCUGGAGGCAUAUACGAAAUGAAAGUGCUUUAGAGCGCGGUCGUUCGUCUGAGGAGUAUGCGGCCCAACAUUCAUGGGAAUCCGAAGCUGGGAUCAUACAUAAUGAUUCUUGGCCUUUGCAGGUCGCCUUCCACUCCUAUGACCCCGUCAUGGCCGUCACUGAUGACGCGGAUGGCAUUUGUCUAUGGGACUGGCAGACGCGCACUCGGAUCAACAAGUUUAGCAACACAAACGUUACAGGUAGCUGUAUCUCAAGUCUUCAUUUCAUCAAUGAGAUGGCGUCUUCUCUGAUGCUGACAGCGUCAACCGAGGGCAGUGUUCGCAUCUGGCGUGAUUAUGAUACACCCGGCGAGACUCAGUUGGCGAGCUCUUUUCGUGCGAUUUCGGAAACUUUUCCUGUUGGCCAGAGCAGCGGUGUAUUGACGGCUUGGCAACAACACCAUGGUCAUUUGCUGGUCGGAGGAGACAUGAAGGUUGUCAGGCUAUGGGACGCAACGGUCGAGCGGCACCUCAGGGACAUGCCCACACAGGCUGGAUCCAAUCUCACAGCCAUUGCAUCUGACGAACCUGACGGUAAUGUCUAUGUCACUGGAUUUGGAGACGGUGUGGUCAGGUUGUUUGACAAACGGAUGGAGAGGGCCGAUCAAGUUGUUAUACAUACCUGGAGAAAGCAUCACACGUGGAUCCAGAGUGUCCAUGUUCAGCGCGGUGGUUUAAAAGAGCUCGUCACGGGAAGUAUGAACGGAGAGGUCAGGAUAUGGGACGUUAGAUUCCCCGACGCGCCCUUAUACGAGCACGUCGCUCAACCUACGGGUCUCAUGGCAUUGGCCGUUCAUCCCGGCGCGUCAGUCUUUGCAACGACAUCUGCACCGACAAGCCAGUCUUACCGCCAGAAACUAGUCAUUGAAGGAUUCCCUGAUCCUGCCAAGCCGAAAAUCUUGUCAAAACUUAGCAUCCCAUCGUCUCCUGCGUACCACAUUGGAAAUCGGUCACCGGGUUUCAUGCCUUCCGCUUCGAGUCUGGUGUUCCAUCCGGUCGAAGAUAUUAUUGCCGUUGCUGGAUUCGAAGCUUCCGGGAAUAUACGGAUGCUCAAGUGUCCCAUUCCUAGCGGGGUUCUGGCAGAUCAUACGACGAGCAAUGGAUUCUGAGCCCCUGUGGACCUUAAUUGUGGCAUAAUACGGAUGGCUGAAAGUGUCGCUCGUAAUGUUGUAUUGUCGGCUGAAUAUUCGCUCCACAAAGGGCCUCUCCUAUCUUUGGAUAUCUUGAUCUUUCGCAUAGAUCAUCGCAUGAAUUGCGUGACUGGA